GGCUUGUUAUGACUCCUGUCUAACGGGAGGCACUCGGCUUUGCUGAGCCGCCGAUUGGAGGCUGUGCGUGGUGGCGGACACUGAAUCACAGGCCCCGGGCUCCUUCCCCCUUGUACCCCAAAGGCCAGCCGCGCGCCCUACACCCGCUCCCCCUCGACCGGUCCCGCGCCAUGCAGGCUGCCCUCUUCCCCUCCGACACCGAAGGCGACGACACGGGCGCCCGGGCGCUGCUGGCUCUCAAGUCGGCGCCUUGCAGCCCGAGCCGGUUGAGCGCUCAGCUCAAGAGCGGCGCCGUGCGCUGGGAGCUGGGCCUCGACCCGCAGGCCCCGCCCGACGCCGCUAUCGCCAAGCUCGAGGGCCGGGAUUUCGAGUACCUGAUGCGGCAGGAGUCGGUGACUAUCGGCCGCGACUCGAGCCAGGGCCCCGUGGACGUGAACAUGGGCCACUCGAGCUUCAUCUCCCGGCGGCACCUGCAGAUCACCUUUCAGGAGCCGCACUUCUACCUGAAGUGUCUGGGCAAGAACGGCGUCUUCGUGGACGGGGUCUUCCAGAGGAGGGGAGCUCCGCCACUGCCGCUACCCCGACAGUGUAUGUUUCGUUUUCCCAGCACUGUGAUAAAGAUUACUUUUACGUCGCUUUACAGUAAGCAGGAGGUGAAGGAGGAGCAGCCACCAUCUCCCAUCCACCCACUCCGCCCACAAAUUUCACCACUCAAAAUUAACAUUCCUGAUCCAAAUAUUGAGCUGGUCAGUCCUAUCCCCUCACCCACUGGUACUAUCAGUGUCCCUAACUCCUGCCCUGUGAGUCCACGUGGUGCUGGCUCUUCUGGUUACCGGUUCGGGCGCAACAUCACCAGAGAUCUCCAGCUAGCGGCAGCGUUCGCAGAAAAAGCAGCAUCCGAGCAACAGGCAGAAACAUCUGGUGGUGACAGCCCCAAGGAUGAUUCAAAGCCUCCCUACUCCUACGCACAGCUGAUUGUACAGGCCAUAUCUUCUGCUCAGGACAAGCAGCUAACACUAAGUGGCAUCUACGCACAUAUCACAAAGCAUUAUCCUUACUAUAGGACAGCUGACAAAGGAUGGCAGAAUUCAAUUCGACACAACCUUUCUUUAAAUCGCUAUUUUAUCAAAGUACCACGGUCGCAGGAAGAACCUGGAAAAGGGUCAUUUUGGAGAAUUGACCCCUCCUCGGAAGCAAAGUUGGUGGAGCAGGCAUUCCGAAAACGCAGACAGCGAGGGGUCUCUUGUUUCAGGAUGCCAUUUGGACCCAUCUCCUCCAGGAGUGCUCCUGCAUCUCCCAGUCAUCCAGGCCUUCUCUCUCCUCACUCGAGUGGGCUGCAGACUCCUGAAUGCUUGUCGCGUGAAGGUUCACCUAUUUCGCAUGACCAUGAUUUCACAAGCUCCAAGUUGGCAUCGGUGCCAGAGGGUCGCUUCUCUCAAAGUGCACCAGGGUCUCCAGUUAGCGGCCAGCCUGUUAUAAUGGCAGUUCCUCCCCAACCUCCUGGUGUUGUCACAAAAUCAAUGGCUUAUAUGCCCACCUCCCUAAUAACUACCCAACAAUCCACUGGGCAUGCCAUUCAUGUGCUUCAGCAAGCUCCCACUGUAACCAUGGUGAGAGUGCUAACAACAUCAGCCAACACCUCGAAUGGCUACAUCCUUACCAAUCAGAGCCAUAUUGGAAGUGGACAGGUCAUACACGAUGGUUCCCGUGACCAGAAAGGAGUCCUUGAUGACAAGUCUCUUGUGACCUUUACAAAUGUACCUACUGGCAGUCGAGUGAUUCAAACUGUUAGCAGUCAAAUGUCUCAACAUGUACCUGGACAGAUGGUUACUAUUCUGCAACAGGCACCAGCAACGUCCAUGGGGCAACAUCAGCUUCCAGUGAAGACAAUAACUCAGAAUGGCAAACAUGCUGUUCCUGUGACAAGCCUUCAAGGAAAUACUUAUGCUAUAACUAAUCCACUACAGAUCCUGGCUGCGCAGGCUACAUCUUCCUCCCCUGUAGUUAUGAGCAAGCACCUUGUCACUGAACCACAACAUCCAGCUGUGUCUCUAGGUGAGCCUGAUGCCAAACGGCCCAAGAUGGACGAGUCAACUGGAUCAGGCUCGGGUCUUGCCGUGAUCACAUCAACUCCACAAAUGCAGGGUGCCAGUGAAUAAGGAAAACCCGGAAUCGAGGAAACCAAUUACAGUGGUGAAGAUAUACUCAAGUAUGUUCCACAGAAAAAAAAACAGAAUUCCAAGGUGCCAAACUGAUGGGAGAAAGGAAAUGAAAAAAAGCAAGCCUACCUUGAACUGAAGUGCUCGUUUUUAAUGAGGAAACGAGACCAGCUGAUUGUCGGAUUAAGGAUGGCUGAGGUGGAGAAUGCAGCCAUCUGCAUAAUUCAGGCUUUGGUCUUUUAUAAGCCUUAAUUUUAAAAAUGUUAUAAAGGAUUGGUGGGAGGGAAGCAGAUGAAAUGACUUGAGUUCCUCUAGACACAGUGGGGUCCUGCCAAGACUCCAAUCUUGGUGAUGUGGAGAUAGUACUCAGUAAAUGUGCUAACUUAUGUUCUUAAUUACUACAAACCAUAUCGGUACUGCUGACUUGCCAAUUCUUGUGCACAUAGCCUUUUCAGGAGAACAGAGAAUUUACUAGUUUUGAUGUCUAACAAUAUUGCCCAGAUUACAUUGGAGAUAUUUAAUUUCAUCGCCCAGUAUCUCAAAAUUUAAGCCAAUUUUCUCUUUGUAUAUUGCACUUCGCUAAACUGGACCCCCACAAUGUGGCUCAUCUGGGGAAAACCAUGAGGGAUCCAUUAUAACCAGAUAAAUUGUUUGGGUGAGAAUAUGGAAAUAUGGUAGCUCCUAAAUGAGUGAAAUUUAUUUUUAAAAUGGAAUUAAUUAAAGCAAGACAGGGCAGUUUAUUAAUACUGUUAAAGUCAGCCUCUUUUGGAGGGGGUGGGGUCAAAGGAGGAAGAGAAUAAAUGAUGCCUGUGCCUUGUGCUUAAUGUCAAUACCUGAGAUAUAACCAGAUUGGCCCCUGUGCUAAAAUUAGUUUUCUUAACAGUGCCUGCUUCACCAAACUUUAAAAAUAUUGCCUCACUGAGUUACCUCGUCCAACUUGACAGUGGUGUUUUAAGUUUUUGUUUUCAAUCUGUGCAGUCAUGAGGUAACGAUAGUUUUCCCCCAGUUCAUUAGCUGAGAAAUGUUUGAAGUUGAUGUGACAUGGUGGAGCUUUCAGCAUUUCUGUAACUUGAAUUGUUGAGGACAGGCCUUUCUUUAACAUAAACGCUUCAAUGGAUAAAACAAAGAGCAUUUCAUGUGCUGACUAUAGCAAAAUGUCAAAGAGUAAUUUUUUAGAAAAAAUGCACUUGCAAAUUGUACAAACACAGCUACACUACUUUCGUCAUUGAAUUCAUUCAGAAUUUCAAUCUUCAAUCAUAGCAUGCAUACAUACUCCACAUAUUUUAAUGGAAUUGGACUUCCAUUUUAGAAGUGAGAGUUACAUGUUCCUAUUCUGAACCAAUGUUUAUGUAUGCAAGUAGCUUAAGAAAUUGGUACAACAAAUUGUGAUCAACUGGGUCUGAUUCACUGUGCUCUGUUUUGUUUUUGACAUGCUGGGGAGACAGCAGUAAUAUUGUGCAGCAUUUUAAGAACCAUCAACUGAUUUCUGUAAAUCUCACAAGCUCAUUUAUUAGCUUAUGUUUGUAGAUUUUGUAUUCCACUAACGUUUUGUGUUUAUACUUGCUUCUCAAAGUUACAUUUCAGCAAAAAACAUUUCCUUUAAAUCUCCUUUACACAAAUGUAAUUGUCUCACAGCCAAUAUGGGUUUGAUCUAGUUUGUAGUUCAUUCCUGACACAGUUCAGUUUGUGUUGGUAUCGGUGAUGUUGGCUGGAAAAGUCAUGUUGGAGGGCUCCAUUAAGACUGGCUCAAGGCUGUUCUAUUAGUAGAUUUUUUUUGGCAAACUGGAGUUGUAUUGAGAGUAGUAAUGAAUUGUUCUCUACGAGACUGUGCACCUCCUUGAUACUGCAGAUGUUAAAAUAUGAAGCUGUGUUGCGUGGAAAUUGAGUUUCUAAAGAUUAGUCAUUCUAGCGAGCCCUUUGUUAAUUUUGGGAUAACAUACAGUUUCCAUCUGCACCAUUAACAAAGGAAAUGUAACAAAGUAUAACUAGCAAACCAGUAAACUAAAAUGAUGACAACCUGAAUUGGAUGUGAUGCUUGUAUAACUACAGCGUUUUAAAACAGUAGUGUUGGCUCGGUCAGUUUUCAGAAAAAUGAUGAUCGAGGCGGUUCAGAUGUGGAAGUGCACUUGUUUGACAAAGCUUUAUGAUAGAUUCAGUGGAAACCUGUUAAAUGUGUCUCUGUACAGAAUAAUAUGAAAUUUCAGAAAUAUGUCUUCUAAAAUUGAGCCACAUUAAAAUGUUUUAACAGCUUUCCACUGUAAAUAACUAACUUUUUUUAAUAUCAGUGAGACUUCUGCAAGAAUUUCUCUUCUUUAAUCUGAAUAUCAUCCUGAAGAAUGGCAACAGUCAGGAAUGGGAAAAGAAUAUUUUGAAGCUCAUUCUUUAUAACCCAGAUUCUCUCAUCAUAGCAUCCAGUUGCAUUUUGAGCAACCUCAAUGCCUUUAUUACUUUGUCUGACAGAUUAUUUCAAGUAUUUAUUAUAAAAGUUUUUAUCCCUGGUCUUUGCUUUAAAUGUAUUUAGUAGUAAUUUUUGUCUAGAUCUUCUGAUCCUACUUUUGACCUUCGUUUUGGGUAACUUAAAAUUUCAGAGCAGUAAACUGAAAGUAUUUGAUUUGGUGAGGAUGGGGUGUUAGUGCUCAAUUCAGUGAGAUUUCAUUGCAUUUAAACUUCCUCAAAGUGAGAUUUGAAAUGCAAAAGCAAUUGACUAAUGGGUUAAUUAGGUUCUUCUACUUUUUUUUUUAAAAAGGUAUAAUGUAAAAUCAUAGCACCGGAGAAUAAAUUUUAAACAUUGUAAAACAAUUAUUGUUAUUGACUAGUUACUCAAAGAAUUCUGCGUAUCUUUUAGAUUAUAAACUACAAAUUACUUUUGUGGGGGUGAGAGAGAAAUGGUGCAGCAUACUUAAACUGGGACAGAAAUUGUGAGGUCCCCACUUCCCCACCCCAAGUCUUCAUUUCUUGCUUAUUCACCAGAACAUCUGACAGACCUACACUUGAAGCCCAUCGAAAAAAAACUCUGAACUUAAUAUUGAUGGUCCUUGUAACUUCCUCCUUGUCAUUCAGCAUUCCAUACACCAUGCACUGUAUUCCAAUUGAUGACAAAAUUGCAUGCAAUUCAACUGGAAUUUUUCAUGCUUGAAAUUAAAUUUGCUACUGCUGUGAAAAUGUAUAGAUAGAAGACGAAUUGCAACUCGAUUUUGAACAAUGCAAGUCUGAUGUCGGUCUGUCAACACAACCUGCCUGAUGAGGGCAAUGAUAGUCAAGUCUGACAUGAAAUAGAUUUUUUUCUUCUGACAAUGCAGUACAUUCACAAUGUACACAAAGCCACAUUUCUCCAUUAUGAAAUGAAAUCAGUUUCAAAUGUUUAAAUUUGUAAUAAUCAGCAAUUUAUAAACUGUAGUGCAGUCUAAUCCCUGUUGUUAGCAGUACUUGCCAACUCUGAUUGUAUUGCUGUCUAACAUUUUUGAGCACAACCGUCCCACAUCUUGUAAAAAAAGUUUCUAAAAGGCAUGUUUUUAUCACCUGAAUAGAAUGUGCUGCAGGUGAAAAUACUCAGUAAGGACAUUUUAUAUAUUUAUUAAUUGUCAACCAACAAAGUAUAAUUCACACAGUGCAAAAUAUUUGCAAUGUCUGUUUCCAAUCAGUCUUUAAUACCCAAAAAUAAGCAGUGAAGGUGAUGCACUAUUAUUUGAAUAUUUUUAACAAUGUAAUUAUAGCGCUGUCUCCAAAAUCCGUUUAUAAUACAGAUCCGAGCAUCUCCAAACAUGGGUUUGGGAAAAGAAAACGGUUUCAAAAACUUUAAUUUAUGAUUUGGAUUUUAAAGUAUAAAUCCAGUAUUUGAAUUUCUUUGCAUUGAGGGUUAUCUUGAAUGGAAUGGAAUAAUUUGGAAAUACCACAUGGGGCUAUAUUUCAUUGAUCUGUAAGCAGUGCACAAGUUUAAUUUUACAUGUGGGAUGAAGCUUGAUUGCAUUUUCUUAAAAAUGUACUAUGAGAGAUAUCAGUCCAUGUAGUGUCUGUCUCAUUAAGGCUAGUACGGUACUAAAGAUAAAUAUGAUUAUUUUUUAGUAUUAGCUAAUCUUUUGGGCCUAAGUUAAUAUUUUCAUGGGUCCGUCAGUUCUUCUUUCUAUUAAAAUCUUUAGAUAAAUCAUUUCUCUUUAUCGCUGACUCUUAAAUUCAAAUUCCAAGUCAUUAUUUUUGUUAACUGAGAAAUUUAAUUUAUGACUAGGAGACGAUAAAGACUGCAGAUCCUGGAAACCAGAGUCAGUAACUGUGGAGCUGGACGAACACAGCAGGUCAGACAGCACUAGAGGUGCAGGAAGGUCAGCGUUUCAGGGCAAAACGUUGACUUUCCUGUUCCUCAGAUGCUGUUUGACCUGCUGUGUUUAUCCAGCUCCGUGUGUAUUGAAUUUGAUUUAAGCAUCUUUGUGUAAUUUUCUUUGUUUAAUGCGACAUUUCCUAACUGAAAUUUGAAAGAUUCGGGCUGAGAUUCUGUUCUAACAGAAUGCUCCAUAUCUGCCGGGUUCUAGCCAUAGGACAGUAGGCAAAGCCCCCAUCAGCCCUUUAUUAGUCAACUGACUAUUGUUUGUUUCUGCUUCUUAGUAAUCUUCCAGAAGUCAACAUGUAGCAGAUGGAAGGAAAUCUGAUCUCACCAAAUUACUGCUAACAAAUUGUGAAGGUGGGAAUGAGGCCUCAUCCACCAUAAGAUUACCCAGAUUAUGGGGAAUGUAUAUUUUUCUCCCACAAUAUGUUGCAAGCUAUGCAGUUUAUUCUUCUUUACUUUUACUCUGUGCCAUCUUCAUCCCACCAUAUUGCCAAUAAUCAAAUCUGUCAGCUAGCAUUUUUGGUAACUUCGGUCGGGGUAGAGUAAUAUCAUAUACACAGGUGAAUAAACAUGUUACUUCGCAUCUGCUACCAAUGGCUGUUGUAUAAUUCUGUAAAAAUAGAACUGAGAUCUAUUUAUCUCCAUUUGAUUUCAUUUUAAAAUCCAGCUCAAGCUCUUAGACUUUUCAGCAUUGAGAAAUUUUCCCAAAUAUUGUUCAAAUGAAUAAAGUGUCUUCCACUCAUAGAAUCCCGAAGUGCAUAAGGAAGCAUUUGGCCCAUUGAGUCUGGACCAUGCAUCCCACCAAGAUAGCCCCUACUCUGUCCCCACAAUUACCAUGGCUAAUCCACCUAACCUGCACAUCUUUGGACAGUGGGUGGAAACUGGAGCACGCAGAGAAAAAAUACACACGGAUGGCAUGCACACUCACAUAGAAAAUUGCCAAAGGCUGGAAUUGUACCUUGAUCCCUGGUACUGAGAGAGAGCAGUGCUAACCACUAUGCCACCCAAAAAUGAAAAUGACAGUUUGACUUUUGCCAGAAAUCAUCCUGCAGUAGUAAAUUCCACAAUCCAGAAGGUUUUGAAUGUGUUAGAGACAUUACAAUGCAACUUUUUCUUAAAAUUUUAAAACCAUUCACUUUUACAACCAAACAUGUAGCUCUUGUUCUAUUAGCAUUGUGGUAAAUAAUUUCAGUAAGGAUAAGAACUUAAUUGCAAUAAUAUUGAAAAUUUACAGUUUAGAACCAUGCAAAUUAAUUUCGUCCUGUAUCAAAAUGGUUUUUUAAAAAAAGUCUGUUUGUUGGUGGUCUUCUGCACUUUUUGUGUUGAUCAUUGCAAGUGCACUCAAUACUGCACUUCAACAUGUUGGUAUGCCUUUCCUUUAGUUUAUAACAUGGCCUAGUAGAUAAGUGAAAGGAAGCUAAUUUGCAAACAAGUACUUUCACUCGGCUGUGGUACUUCGUAUUUUGUAGCUUCGUGCUUUGCUAGCCAUGUAUUGCCAGCAGUCUCUGUUAUUAGAAGGAAUAGUGCUGCUACUUCUGUGGUGGACAAUUAUAAUACCAUGACACAGAUUAUCUCAGGUAUAUCUCAUGUAUAGUGAGGAAAACAAAAUGGAGCAAUGAGCUUGAGCAUAAAUUGUCCAAAUCUGCUUUUUUAUUUUAAACAAAAUGGAGCAAUGAGCUUGAGCAUAAAUUGUCCAAAUCUGCUUUUUUAUUUUAAAGUGUUGAACUUUUCAAAUUAAUGGCAACAAACUAGAUGCUGCUAUGAGAUAGUUAUUAAUGUGGACUAUCUGCAAACUUCUGUAAAAGGGCAGAGAGGCAUGUCUGCAUUCUUCUUAUCUGGUCAUCUAGGUAGACUUAACCAGCAGAAAUAGAUCAGUAGUUAACAGCACAUUUCAGAAAUGAUGGGACAAUGUUUGAUCCAAUUGUUUUGCAUGUUACAAUUAGUUAGCUUCGGAUUUUGUAGAAAAAUAAUUCAGAAAAAAGAACAGUAACUUCUGGAAUUACAACGUAGCUUCAUUAGUUUCUGAAAAUAAACAAAUUAUUUUUUUCUAAUGCAGGCUGCUCAAGUUUGAUAAAUUUAAUUCUCCAUUCUAAGAAAAUGCUGAUCAUCUUAAUAAACUAGCUAAGUGGCAGGGUAUAUGUUAGAAUGAAUGUGUAAAUUAAGAUGUUAUUUUGAAUGUAACUGUUUGAUCGGAGACUUUUCACUAUUCUGGGCACAUGGUAUACAUCUAACUAAGGAUAAUGUCUAAUUGAGCAGUGCAGUGACAAUUUUAUGUAUUUAGAAAACCAUAUAAAUACUACAAUUGGCAAAUUAAUUGUCAGGUUUUUUCCUCAGUGAAUACUACACUGCCUCACCCUGUGUUAUUCAAUUCAUUAUAAAUCUGUGACAGUUUAAGGAGAAAUAAAAUCAAACUCUUAUGUUUUUCUACGUUUGCAGUUUUAUUUUUAAACCAAUACAUUGUUUUUAAAAGUUUAGUAGGAACUCAUUAAAAUUAAAGUUGCAAUUUUAAAACAAUGUAACUUUUUUGAUGCAUAUUGUUUAAUUGUACAGAUUUUUAGGGAAGUUAGUGCCUAAUUAUCGCACAGGAGUUGUUAUGUUUUAAACGCUAGUUAGCUAUCCAAAGGGGUCCAGAAGCAACCUCCACCAAACUGUUCAAAAUUACUUGCUGGCCACAAAAGCUAUUUUUGUGGCUUCUUAACUAUAGGUUUUAUGAUAUGCCAAAUUAUAUAAUCUGCUUUGCUCACUGUGUGGGACCCUAUAGAGCAUGUAAUAUCUCCUAAUAUGUGAAGUUAUAGAUAAACCUUUCUUCAAAUAAUCUUUUUCAUUGUAUUUUUCUAACAAAAGCACAAUGUUUGAAUUUUAGUUUUGAAAGAAAACAAAGUGUAAUAGUAAAUAAAUAAUUUCAUGAUUUCUUUGUUUAGUUUAUUUAUGGGUGUGUAAAAUGGACAAGUAUCAGAUUUGUUUCCAAGUUUUGACUUCAGUGAUUUACACCUCCAAUGUUAACAGCUGUUUAAUGCAUCUUAGGGAAAGGUGAUGCCUUUCUGGUGAGGCUGCAACCUGUGGCUUUCAUUUGGCACUAAGAGAAUGGAAUAAUUUUGAUUGUUCCAAACAUUUCUGCAAUAUUUCCUUUACAUUUAACCUCAGUCUGAAAAAGGCAGAGUAGAAAGCACACAGGAAAAUAGCCUCCAAUCUUGUGAUUGCUCCCUAUUCUGUUGUAUUAACUGCUGCUUCUUAAUGUGGAUUUUCAAUUAGCUGCUUAGAUUUAAGUGAAAAUCAAAGUUAUUGCAGACAGUGUAGAAAAGGUGUGAGACCUUUAAUGGUCUCUGGGGGAGAGAAUGUGGUUUCAGCUCUGCAGGCUGUGGUUACAACUUCACCUACAUCUGAAUCUGAAAAUGGUCCGACUGAGGGACUGAUAGCAUGCUUGGUUCCCACAUGUAAUGAAUGGAUGCUGAUUUAGGUUUUCAGUUUAAAAUGUGAAGCCACCUUUUCUGUAUGGUGAUGGAACACAACCUUUUAAUAUUUGUUCUUGUCUUCAAACAAGUUUCUACUUUAUUUACAACUUCAGGUGAAGUUUUGCACAUCAAUAGAUUUUAUCUUGCUAGAUUCUUCAAGCUGUCUCAUGACAAUGUUGUGAAAGCAGGUCAAUGAGGUCUCCUAACCUUUUAUGUGCUAAUGUACAGGAAUGUGAUCAAGGAGGUGGAUUUCUUUCAUGCACUAAGUGGGGUUUAAAAAAAAGUUUACAAUUUCCUUUGGCAUAGGAUAGGACAUUCACACCCCCCCCCCCCCCACUCCCC